AUGAUGCACGCUCCGUCUUUGGGACGGGGUGCCGAUUUCACUCAGUUGCUGCUGAGCUUCGUGAAAACCCACCUGGGCCUGUGGAUGCAGAUUGCGAGCUUAUCCCUCCAGUCCGAGCCCACCAACAUCAGCGUGGAAGACUUUGACAUCCUUGGCCUGAUCCUCUGCUGUGGUAGCUCAAAGUCCCAGCCGUUGUUCCGUCUCUCCGAGGCUGUGCCAGAGCUCGCUUCCAGGCCUUCCAUGUCAGCUUCCGAGUUGCGGAAAGCCUUGCUCAAGCUCCUCUGCUGGAACGAAGACGCCUAUACCACCGAGGUGGCCAAAGAUGGCUUGGAGCCCCGCGCCAAGACCUUGAACAUCAGCAACAUCCACAAGAGUAUUUGGUUUCACCGGCCACACAACGCCGAGAUCGAGUAUCUGAACAUCACCGACUGCAAAGACAGCACCAUCUAUGUUACAGCGCGGCUACGCUACUGCCUCAUCUCUGGUUGCGAGGGGACCACGCUGAUCUUAGGCGGUGUUUCCACCAUCUGCACCACUAGCAACUGCGAGAAGGUCAAUGUACAUGUGGCAGCGCAUUGCUACAAGAUGGAAAACUGCAUUGACACUUCCGCGUACCUGUAUUGUCAUAUUCCGCCCAUCAUCACGGGCGACACUCGAGGCAUCCAGCUGGCGCCAUACAAUGUGCUGCACUCCCACAUGGCUUCUGUUCUCCACGGUUCGCAGAUGACCCUGGAGAAG